CUAGUAAAUAAUAAAACAAUUGACGUACAGGUGUAUUAGCCAAUCCUGGAACGGGUUUUUUAGUAGCCAAGUACCCAAUCCUAUCCAAGACCUCGGAAUACGGAUAGGAAAACAAAUGAUGCGGCCAGGCAGUCACCUCUCUUCAGUCGCAAAGCUGUUCAGGAGACCCAAUAAUGUUUCUGCUAUUAUCGCUAUAAGUUAAUUCAAAAGUUUUCUGCUAUUUAUUAAAAAAAUAAUAAUGUUGGAAGAAGAUUUGAAAGUCCCUGACGAGCUUUUUAAGGACGUGAAGUUUUAUGUCGUCGGGGAUAUUGACCAAAAGGUGGUGCAGCUGCUGAAGUCGGGUAAAGGAAAGGAAGUGUCGUACAUUGCCCUCGCCACGCACAUCAUCACAGAGGAUGGAGACAACUCGGAGGUCAGCGAGGCGCGCGAGGUCUUCUUCUUACCUGUCGUAAAGCCCACGUGGGUGAUCCUAUCGGUCAGAUGUGGAGACCUGCUUCCCGUUACAGGCUUUUCUCCCGAGUCGGGCCAGCUGUUCUUUGGUGUGCGGGCGUGUCUACCUCACCUGACGGAGGAUCUCAGCACCCUGUGGGCCUUUAUUACGUUUUACGGAGGAGACUGUCAGCUGAAUUUCAACAAGAAGUGUACACAUCUGGUGGUUCCUGAGCCCAAGGGGGCGAAAUACGAAUGCGCCCUGAGGCACAGCGGGAUUAAAAUAGUCACCCCGGAGUGGAUCACCGACUCGGUUAAAGACAAGAGCAGGAAGGACGAGGCGCUUUACCACCCGAGGCUCACUUACUAUGAGGAAGAGGAGGAGGAAGAUGAGCUCAGUGAGGACGAGCGUAGUUCGCGUUCAGAAGGCAGCAAGCGCUCCAGCCCUGCCUCCUCGCGAGGGGCGUCGCCUUCCAGGCGUCCGCGCUCGCCUUCCCCCAAAGCCGAGGUCAUGUUCGAUGACUCGGACGAAUCGGACAAAGAGGAGCUGAACCUGAACUGGACGCUGUCUAAGCACCGCCUCCAACCGAGCAAAGACACGGCGCUUAUUAACCUGUGCGACAGCGUUCCGCCUGUGCCAGGUAACGCCCAGGGCACGGAGCGUCCGGAGAUGAUCGGUGGGUGGAAUUCUGGGCCACGCCCAUUGCGGAACAUCACCAAGAGCGGAGAGCAGCAGCAGAUACCACGACCGCCCAAUGUCGCACAUAUUCUCCAGAGUUUGACUGCUAAAAGCGUGGAACCGCAGGGAAAUCAGAACCAGCCCGGCGUCCCAAAUCAGAUUCUCUUAAACGCAGCAAAACCUCCACAGCACGCAGCACCACAACUCACUCCUGAAGUGCAGCAGCAGUUACUCCAACACCAGCAACAGCAGCUGCAGCAGCAGCAGCAACAACAGCAGCAGCAGCAGCAGCAGCAGCAACAACAGCAGCAGCAGCAGCAAGCACACCCGAUCCCUCCACCACAACAGCAGCAGCAGCAACAUGCGCAACAGAUGCUCCAGCAGCAUCCCAUGAUGCACCUGCAGCCGCAGGGGAUGCAAAUGCAUCACCCGCAGCAGCAGCAGCAACAACAACAACAACAACAACAGCAGCAGCAGCAGCAGGCAGGGUUUCCUCAAAUGCCGCAACAGCCGCAUCAGUUCGUCCCGCAGCAGAUGCACCAGCAGAUGUACUCGCAACAUCAGCAACAGCAGCACGGCUUCCUGCAGCAGCAACUGCGACCACCGCAGCAGCAACAGCAGCUUCUCCGACCGCCCUUGCAGCCCCAACAGCAGCAUGCGUUACAGCAGCAGUUGCUGCAGCAGCAACACAGGCUCCAACUGCAACUGCAGCAGCAACAACAGCAGCAGCAGCAGCAGCAAAAUCAGCAACAGCUGCACCAGCAACAUUUACAACAACAACAGCAGCAGCAGCAUUUUCUCCAACAGCAGCAACAGCACAUGCAGCACCUGCAGCAGCAACAACACCUGCAGCAACAACAGCAACAGCAGCAGCAGCAGCAACAAAUACAGAAUACGCAGGUACUGCAGCAUCAGACGCAGACGGCGCUGCAGCCCGUGCAGCCGCAUCAACUGCUGGGCCAUGAACCAGGGCAGGAGAUUCCUGAGGACGGCUUCCUGGUCGGCUGCGUCUUCGCCAUUGCUGAUUAUCCGGAGCAGAUGGCUGACAAGCAGCUUCUGGCCACGUGGAAGCGGAUCAUUCAGGCGUACGGAGGCUCUGUGGACUCUGCUUUGAACCGCUGCACUCACUUACUGUGUGAAAGUCAAGUCAGCAGCAUGUACCUGCAGGCUUUGAGGGAAGGCAAGCGUUGCGUUACGGCUCACUGGCUCAACACGGUGCUGAAGAAGAAGAGGAUGGUUCCUCCUCACCGCACGCUCCACCUGCCCUUCAGUUUCCCCCCAGGAGCCAAACCCUGCUCGCAGCACAUUAUUUCAGUCACUGGGUUUGUGGACAGCGAUCGAGAGGACCUGAAGCUCAUGGCCUACUUAGCUGGAGCUCGCUACACAGGAUACCUGUGUCGCAGCAACACCGUUCUCAUCUGCAAAGAGCCGAGCGGGCUGAAGUACGAGAAGGCAAAAGAGUGGAGAAUCCCGUGUGUAAAUGCUCAGUGGCUGUGUGACAUCCUGUUGGGAAAUUUCGAGGCUUUACGGCAGAUCCAGCACAGCCGAUACACUCAGUUUAACUUAGCCGAACCUCUCGCUCCUAACACACACCUCGUCCAGAACCUGCUGGCUGCUUGGAGAAAUCCUGUAAAAGUCUCGCCGGAAGCGUUGGUGAGCCUCCGCCUGCAGCAGAAACAGAAACAGGCCGAGGGAACUUCACAACCACCCGCCAAGAAGCCCAAAAUAGAGGAGCUGCCCACGCCGUCUAAAAAGCUUCCUCCGGAGUCGACCCCGUAUGUUUUCUUCACUGGUUUCGAACCUGUGCAGGCCCAGCAGUAUAUAAAGAGAUUGUACGAGCUCGGCGGUGAAGUGGCGGAGAGCGCGCAGAAGUGCACUCAUCUGGUGGCCAGCAAAGUGACGCGCACGGUCAAGUUCCUGACGGCCAUCUCUGUUGUUAAGCACAUCGUCACUCCAGAGUGGCUGCAGGAGAGCUGGAAAUGCCAGAAAUUUGUGGAUGAACAGAGUUACAUGCUGCGGGAUGCCGAGGCUGAGGUGCUCUUCUGUUUUAGUCUGGAGGAGUCACUGAAGAAAGCUCAUGCUGCUCCACUCUUCAAGGGUAAGUUCUUCUACAUAACACCGGGAAUCUGUCCGAGCCUCAGCACCAUGAGAGCCAUUGUUGAAAGCGCCGGGGGGAAGCUGCUUUCCAGACAGCCGUCCUUCCGUAAGAUCAUGGAGCACAAGCAGAACAAGAACCUACCGGAAAUCAUCCUCAUCUCAUGUGACAACGAUCUGCACCUGUGCCGUGAAUAUUUUCUGAAGAACAUCGACGUACACAACGCCGAGUUCAUCCUCACCGGAGUUCUGACGCAGAUGCUGGAUUAUCAAUCAUAUAAAUUCACAUGAUCGUGAGGAAGGUCGUCGGGAAGGGAACACUAAACUCUGUCUGUUCUGGUCCACGCUGAAGGUUCCUUUUUAUAUAUAUAUAUAUAUAUA